UUCAGUGGAGGGGGAAGAUGACGAGGAGGAAGAGGAGGAAGAGCUUGCAGAGACCACACAGCACUCCAUUCUCCCCAACAGCCAGGAGCUUUUUGUGACCCAGACGGAAUUACCGUCCCUGCCCUCCCAAGCCACUAGCCCAGACAGUGAAGCCAUGGAAGCGACCUCUGCUGCAAAUUUUUCAAGCCUCCCUACUCCAUCCCGAAGGCUAGCUCAGAUAAGGUGGAGGAAGAAGAGGACACGAGAUGAAAUGUUCACAGAAAUCAUGGCAGUAACCCGCAAUGAAAGAGCUCAUCUGGAGGAGUGGAAGGACGUGGUAGCAAAGUACAGGAAAGAUGCCCGUGAACGUGAGGACAGGAGGAACCAACGUGAGGAUAGGAGGGACGAAUGUGAGGAUAGGAGAGACGCUCGAGAUGAGAGAUAGCGGCAGGAAGAUCAGCGGUGGCGGGAUGCAACGCUGGAGCUGCUGCGUGAUCAAACUGACAUCCUCCGACGUCUGGUGGAUCUUCAGGAAGAGCAGCGGGGUCACAGAGUGCAGCUCCAGCCCAUGUUUAACCACCUUCAGUACUCACCAUGUUCCAUAUCUUCCACACCCAGACGUGUAAGAACGCGUGGGGGAAGGCUUUGUGCACCCACCCACUCCACCCCCGUGGACAGUCCAACCAAAAGGCUGUCAUUACAUUGAAAUGUCCUUAAUGGCCUUUUUCUUCCCUCCUAUCCUCCUCCCAAACCACACCCGGGAUACCUUGUUAAUUCUCUGCCUCUUUUUAU